AUGCAGGGUGACUCAGGAAUUUUUUCCAUGGAGACUGUAACUAAUCGUGCAAUGAUCUGGCUCACGAAGAAAAAAAUAUUAAAACGACGAUCAAAAAGCCAAGUAACCUCAAAUAAAACUCAAGAGGCGUCAAUAAAAAACGGUAUUAAGCCGCGGAUUUCGACAAGACGAAAAAAAUUGUGUGAACCAUCAAAAUUGCCCGCUUCGACCGGCAAUCCACAAACUGUCAUAAACUUAUCAUCCACGGAAACAACAACUGACUCUACAAGUACUAUUUGUAAGGAAAAAUUUCUCGACAAAUUGGAUUUACACGUUAAGCCCAAGGUCAAAAUAUCUAAAUUUUUCACUUGUGAUUUUUGCGACGAGGACUUUUUAACUCAAAAUUAUUUAAAUUUGCACGUACUUCGGGCGCAUAAAGCCAUAAUAACCUGCAAACAAACAUCAAAAUCGCGUAGCAAUUUAAAUAAAACAAAAUCAACAUUACGCGAAGUUCAUCGUUAUGUUUCUUUACGUCAGCGUUACGAAACAACAAAUACGCAACUGAGCAAAUUCAAUACCCGAUUCGUCUCAAAGGUUUCAGAGGAACGUAAGCGGCGUAGGAAGUUGUUCCGGGAACAUAUUCAAGUUAAUAAAUCCCAAAAUAAAUCAACUGACUCAAGUACAAAAAUGUCUGAAGUUGAAGAUAAAAGUAAUCUGCAAGUGCCGACGUCUACUGUUGAGAUUGAUGAGUCUUCAAAGGACAAUACAGCUGACAGUCCAACGUCAACAUCAGAUGUCAACGAGUAUAAAUCCGAAAGUAAGCGUUUGAUUAAUAAAUUCAAAGAGUUUGUACGAUCAAAUGGUGACGUAAUUAGUUUAUCUACUAUAAAACAAAAAAAUGAUUCUAAUGAAAUUCUAUCUCUGCUAUCUGAUGAUAAUCAGACUUCUGAAUCGCCUGAUAGAAAGUCUAAACAGCGUAAAGUCGGCGAUAAUUCAAUAGGAUUAAAAUCUCCGGAUAAUGUUUCAGAAUCACCAACAGCGACGAUUCCUCCUAGACCUGAGAAACCCAAAACGUACAACAGAAAAAAGAGUCCGAAGGCUAAUAAAAAAAAUACAAAGGAUCAUGGGUAUUGCGAUUCGUGUACCAGGUCGUUCGCCAAACUGGAUACCCAUUACCAAAGUGACAUUUAUGGAACUAGGAAGAUAAAAUGCGAAUUUUGCAGUAAUAAAUUUGUGUCUGUCAAUGGAUUAUUUCGGCAUGUUGCGCUUUAUCAUUUAAACUGUACUUGUAUAAGAAAUAAAUGUCAUUGGUACGAUCCAUUUACUGCUGACAUUAACCAACUUAGCUCAGCUGCUGUGAGUAAAAAUUAUCGCUGUAAUUAUUGCUCAAAGGACUACGAUGACUACAAAAAGUACAAUUUUCACUACUACAGUUUCCAUGAACUCGAGCCGGUUUCAGAUGAACUGGUUGAAAAGACGCCAAAGUAUCUGAAGGAUAUCGACAAUAAUGUUAUAAUUAAAUCAUGGGUACCCAGUGCUUGCAAGACUAAUUUCUUUGGUAAAAAACUAAACAGCGGUGAGUGUGAUGAAGAUUAUGAUAACACUGAUUUUGACACUGGAGAUUUCUUGCCUCUAGUUUGUCAAAAAUGCGGGGAAUUUUAUUUUAACAAUAAGGACUAUAUGAUUCACUUGGACAAUUGUUAUUACCAGCUUGACUUGGCACCAGUUACGCCAUUGACUGAGUACCCUAAAGAGUCUAGAGCAGUUGAAGAGCUCAGAGAGUCUAGUCUUAAACCAGAAUCGAAUCAAAAUCGACGGGUUGACGUCGCAGUGAAGCCCAAUAUUAAAUUGCAAUUCUUCCCUCAAGAUAUUAAAGCUAAACCAAGGAAUCCCAGGAAAUUAGAUGCUAAUUAUGAAUUAUUACGCAGAACUUGUCGUCGGUGUAACAAAGCUUUCGCUACUGUCAAAGAACUUAGUAUACAUUAUCAAGAUAUUCAUGGAAAUAGUGCGAAUAAUAAUAAUAAUAAUGCUAAUAAUAAAAAUAAUAACGCUGGUGCAAAAGCAAAGGGUGACGAGAAAGAUGAUCCAGCCAGUUAUAUUACGAAAACUAAAAAAGACUACGACGAUGAAAAUAAUAUUACUUAUUACAAUUAUAAAAAUACACCGUGGUAUGGACACAAUGUUCGUCAUAAAUGGCAAUGUGUUCAUUGUAAAUUAUCAUUCAAAAUAUUCCGAGCUUUCAGCAAUCACUUAUUCUUUGAACACAAUGACGAAUCGUUGAUACACAUUUGUGAAAAUUGUCAUGAAAUUUUGACUAAUUUGGACCAAAUUAAUAAACAUUUAUGUGUGAAUGUUACUUCCUGGACUUGUAAAUUGUGUGACCUGAAAUUCCAAUCAGGAUUUGAGUUCCGGAAUCACAAUACCCAAAAGCAUUAUGAACUUUUUGAGCCGAGUGUCUGCUUGGCUUGUGGUAAAAAAUUUUUGACUCAUUAUAUGUUGAUGAGACAUGUGAAAAAUAAGAAAUGCUCGUCAGAGAAAGCGAUUGACGAAUUAAUCAAUACAUACACCAAAAAAAGCAAGAAAAAUGAUUCUCUUGCUCCUCAAAAGACUCCGCCUGAAAAGAAGAAAGGAAACAAGAAAGAUGAUGAUGAUGAUGAUGAUUGUAUCAUUAUUCUCGAUGAGACUGGUGAUAAAGUAGAAUCAAGUGAGAUUGAGAAUAAUGCUGAAGAUGUGGCUGAUGUAGUUUUUGAAUUAGUUGAUUGCUCUGCGGACAAUUUUGCAUCCGAAUUGGAGUCAGAUGUAGAUUCGAGAAAGACUGAUGUACUUGCUACGGCUAGUGUAGCGGAAGAAAAGACAGAUGUGGUUAGUGAUAAAAUAGAAGAGACGAAGAAACAAGUUCCAGAUACUGAACACACCUAUGAUGAAUUGGAAGGAAUAAAAAAUUACGUAUUAGAGAAUGAGAAAAACUUGCCGGAUUCAGCGAGUAAUAAACGGAAGAUAACUGAUGAGUCUCUGACAAAUAAGAGGAAAAAAUUAUUAGAUAUUCACGAUACUUUUGUUGCUCAAGCUGAUCAGUUGAAUGAUAAGGGAAAAAUAAAAAUCAAGGAAAGUGUAAAUAGAUCCGCUAAAACAUCACGUAAACCUCCGGGUCAAGUCAAUCGUUGUAGCAUGUGCAAAUUACAAUUUUCAUCGAUGACCUUAUUGAGCAAUCAUUUCAACCGGAGUCAUACCUCUGCUGUUGAAGUAUGCCAGCUUUGUUACAAAAUGUACAUCACGGGUAAUCUAGUGAAGCACAUGGUUAAAGAUCAUUUCAGAUCGGACACUGACCUGGCUGAUGCACUAGUAAGUACGAAGGACGAAAUAAGUAUCGAAAGAGAUACUAGAGACUUUAUCAGCAUAGUUGGAAAGGUUCAUUUACUAGCGCUCUGUAAGUAUCAAGAACCACCGCAAGCCAGCAGUGAAGAGUCAGUUGAUUGCUCAGACUGUUCGCUGACGUUUAAAAAUUCUGACAAAUAUCGGAUUCACAAUGUCGAGGUUCACGAUAAAUUUUGUGCGCUUUGUAUCGUCAAGUUUCGCAGUGGUCAAGAAGCGGCUAAACACAAGUUGGAUGUUCACGGCUCGACGGCCUGCUACGUCUGGUUCGCGAGUAAGAUGAUAAAUGCUAUUGGUGAUACUGAUACUUUCAAAGAAGCUGUUGGGUUGAAGGCUAAAAAACGUAAACCCAAAAAUUCUGAUCAAGGUAAUAGUCACAAAAAUAAGAAUAGGAGUGUAAGCAAUAGUAGGAAUAUUAAUAUCAAUGUGCGUAGUAAUAUUAAUAUUGACGACAAAGUUAAUCUCAAUAUGAUUGAUAAUAUGAGUGUUAAGCAAGAAAGUAUGACACUCAAGGAUAAAAUUUUGGAUAUUCUACGGAAAUCCCAGCCCACGUUGGACCGACUCAAUUCACAGAUUCAGACAACUCGUACCCAACCGGAUGACAAGCAGAUCAACAAACCUCAAACUGUUCGCCAAUGUGGAAAAGAAAGCCAUUCAGAAGAGGCGUUAAACAAUAUUUUAAAUGUAGAAAAGCCCCAGAUGAUGAUUAAAACUCCAGUGAGAACUGAUAAAUCAACAAAAUUAAAUAUAAUUCCACCAAAAAUCGACUCUCAUCAGUCACCGGCGGUUAAUCAAGUUACAAUAAAAAAUAAAAAAGUUGAAUCAUCGAUCGCGAAUCAAGUAUAUGAAGCCAGUGAUGACCAAUCGAUAAUUAUUACUUGUGGUUUGUUGAAAAAAGAUGAUGGUCAGGAUGGUAGUUAUGAUAGUAAUGAAGAUGAAAAACAGUUUCUUAUAGUGGUUAAAAGAAACGAUCUUGAAAAAUAUAGAAAUAAUUUACAUGAGUUAGCAGCACAGUUUGUCGCAUCUACGAACAUGUCUACGGAAGAAAUGGUAAACAUGGCUUCAGAUGACUGUAGUACAAAAAAAUUAAAAUUAAGUAAUUCAUCUGGAAAAAUGUCAACAUCAUUAUCUAAUCGUAUCAGCGGUACGGAAAAUCCAUCAAUAGUGCAUCCUGAGAUGGCCUUUUACUGCUUCGAUGUAGUCUACUGUCAAUUGAACCAACUCGACCCACCGAAGGCUCCCAAUUUCAGCAACGAACCAUUCCCGAUUUUCGUCACCUGGAUGAUUGGGAAAGAAAUGCGUCUACGUGGGUGCAUUGGCACUUUCAACGCUAUGCAAUUACACUCAAGUCUGCGUGAAUAUGCUGUUACGAGUGCCUUCAAGGACUCACGUUUCAAUCCAAUAACACGUGACGAAUUACCACGUUUACACGUAAGUGUAUCAAUUUUACUUCAUUUUGAAGACGGUGCUGAUUACUUAGAUUGGGAGUUGGGUGUCCACGGUAUCUUUAUUGAAUUUUAUAACGAGAAAGGAAAUAAACGUACUGCUACUUAUUUACCCAGCGUUGCUGAAGAACAAGGUUGGGAUAAAAUUCAGACAAUAGACUCAUUGCUUCACAAAGGAGGAUAUAGAGGUUCAGUGACACCAGACUUAAGACGUAGUUUGAAAUUGAAACGAUAUCAAUGCGAAAAAAUAACAGUUAGUUAUCAAGAUUAUGUAAGUCAUGUGAACAAUAGACGUUGCUAA